AUGAAAACUAGGGAAUUCAUUAGUAUUUCCACAGAUAGCGAAAGUGAUUCCGAUUUGGUCACGUCAUCAUCCAUUCAAGUCCCAAAUUCGUCUCCUCUUAAGCAAGAAAAAAGGGAAAAAAGCGAGGGGAAUUCAAAUACAGCAAGACUCCGGUCGAGCACCAGGAGGAAUUUGAGAAGUCACACUAAGGAAAAGAUAAGCGGUUCAGAUAGCGAUACUUUUGAAAGUGAUGAAGACAGUAUUAUCAACUUGGAUGACUCCGAUUUGAUCGACCAGAGCAUUGAUAGCUCACCUAAAAAGUCAACCAAGCGUCUCUCGAGCUUGACCGAGAGGUUUGGCUACAGAGGGCAGCUUCAGGCAAGUAAAACUGUGGAAAAGGGGUCUGGUUAUAAAAAGCUUCCCGGACUGACCAGAGAGCAAAGUGUGAUUUUUUCGAGAUUAUGUGAAAGGUUCAAGAGAAUUCCACAGUCUACGAUCAGUCAUGCCGUUCGGGCACACUCCAGCUAUGAGGAAGCAUCACGAGCGUUGGGUUCGCUUCCAUUUAAAGCGCUCAAGAUCAGGAAAAAGCCGUUUUUAGCUUCGAAGUUGAAAAUGAAGCCGGUUAAAGCUGGGAGCUUUUACCACUCUGAACAGAAGUCAGGCAGAGCCGAAAAAGAGGAUGUUGUGUCGUCAAAAGUCGUGUUGAACGACAGCGCGUCGAUCGUGAAACGAUUUAGAGGGAAACGAGUCGAUCGGAAUCAAAAUGGAUAUAUGAUCGAUCUUGAUAGUGGGAAAGGCAGUGUGAAAAACACGUAUUCAAGAAAAAGAAGGCUCGUGAGAGGCUCGGAUAUGUAUGAGCGGGAGGAUGGGUUGCUGGAUGGAGUUGUUGGGGGAUCAGUUGCACAGAGAGCGCGUCUGUUGAAAAGAAAACACGUAAUUGAGAUCGGAUCUGAUGAUGAGGCAUUGGAAGAAGAAUUGCGGUUACGAGAAGAAAAAAGACGCCGGAGAAGAGAACAGUACAGGAAAAGAGAGGAGAUGAAAGCGGGAGAGGACGAUAUCGAUAUGGAUGAGGAUGAAGAUGUCGAUGAAUCGGAGGAUUCGGGUAUGGAGCAGCUUGAUUUUACGGAGAGAGUGAUGCAUUUCCUCAACACGGCAGAUCUCAGGAAUAUUGUGGAUAUAGCCGGUGUGAGUCCGGAGAUUGCCGAAAGUUUCAUCAAGUUCAGACCUUAUUCGUCGUACGAUGACGUGGAAAACAGGCAUAUUGUGCCGGUGAAGCGGAAUUCAAGGAAAAAGCCGAUUGGAGAGAAGAUCUUGGAGACAACUGUACGCAAACUGAGGGGAUAUGAGACGGUUGAUUCCCUAGUUGGCAAAUGCAAGGCAUAUGGAGACGAGAUAAAGCGGGCAGUUCAGAAAUGGGGUGCCAAAGUCAAUGGUGAGGACGGAGAGCUGCAGAUUGCAUCUGUUGGAUGCUCGGAUGAGAGUGAUGUUGAAGGUGAAGAGAAAGCAGGAAAUACGAGCGAUGAUAUCAGUGUUGUUUCGCACAGGCUGGUUCCAAAAGAGACCCCUGAACUUGUGUUGAGCGGAGAAGAGUCGUAUUCUGACAAUCUAGAUGAUGCAGACUACAUGGAGGGUGAACGCCACGAAAUUAUGACACGGAGGAAGAGAAAGCCGUGCAAAAAGUUCAAUUUCUUCAAGAGGCAGCCAAGGCUGAUGUCUUCUGACUGUAAGUUGAAGGGAUACCAGCAAAUAGGAGUGAACUGGCUCUCGCUUCUAUACGACCGGGAGCUCUCGUGCAUUUUGGCAGAUGAGAUGGGUCUAGGCAAGACCAUACAGGUGAUUGCGUUUAUUGCUCACUUGAAGGAGUUUGGAUCGCCAUCUCCACACUUAAUUGUCGUUCCUGCGUCCACUUUGGAAAACUGGCUUCGAGAAUUCGAGAAGUUUGCACCAUCGCUGGAUGUUCGUCCAUAUUAUGGUAGCCAGAACGAGCGUGAGGAACUUCGGAUGGAUUUGGAGGAAGACCAGUCGUAUGAUGUGCUUGUUACGACUUACUCUAUGGCCACCGGUAACAAAUAUGACCAGAUCUUCCUUCGCAGUCGUAAGUUCAACGUGAUAGUGUACGAUGAGGGUCAUAUGCUCAAGAACUCGACCUCAACCAGAUAUAAGAACCUCAUGAAGUUGAAGGGCCAGUUUAGGGUGCUAUUAACAGGUACGCCGUUACAAAACAACCUCCGUGAACUCAUCUCGUUGCUUUCCUUCAUCAUGCCACAAGUCUUCAACGAGAAGAAACGCGAGCUUGAGGAUUUGUUUGACCAGAAAACCAAGACCAUCGACACCCAGCAGCAAAACUUGGAGUACGGGAAACUCAACCCUCUUCUUUCCGAGCAGGCCAUUAAAAGAGCGCGGACUUUGAUGACACCGUUUGUUUUGAGGAGAAAGAAAGCUCAGGUCAUGAAGUAUUUGCCGGAAAAGCAUAGUCACAUCGUGUAUUGUGGAAUGACACCUGCACAAAGAGCGAUAUAUGACGGUGCUGUUGCUGAUGCGCGGUACAAGAUCAGGGAGAGAGAGAAGAGAAAGACUAUGUCUGCAGAUCAGGUGAGCAAGUUGCCUAGAUUGGGUAGCAACCACUACUUGAUGACGCUUCGAAAAGCAUGUCUUCAUCCGAUGUUGUUCCGAUACCUUUACACAGAGCCAGCAUUGCACGUUAUGGCGAAGAAGAUCAUGCGUAACUCUCAGUAUUUGGAUGCAAAUGAACAGUACAUAUAUGAGGAUAUGACUGUGAUGUCCGACUUCGAGUUAAACCAGCUUUGCCACAAUUUUGUCGGCGAGCUUGGUGAGUAUUGCUUGCCUGUUAAAUUUUACUUGCAUAGCGGCAAAGUGCAGAAGUUGGUUGAGAUUCUUGACGGGGUCGUGAGCAGAAAAGAAAAGGUGUUGAUCUUCAGUAUGUUCACGCAAGUUCUUGAUGUACUAGAGAAAGUGUUAAGUUUCCAGAAUAUUCGUUUUGUUCGUUUGGACGGUGCCACUUCUGUGGAUGAGCGUCAGAAUAUCAUUGAUAAGUUCAGUGACGAUGCUCAAAUCCCCGUUUUUUUGCUUAGUACGAAAGCGGGUGGUUUUGGUAUCAACUUGGUUGCAGCUACAAAUGUGGUGAUCUACGAUCUGUCGUUCAAUCCACAUGAUGAUAAGCAGGCAGAGGACAGAGCGCAUAGAGUUGGUCAGACCAAGGAUGUCAAUGUGUAUCGUUUGAUCUGUAAGGAUACGAUAGAAGAAAAUAUCUUGAAGGUGGCCUACAACAAGUUAGAGCUUGAUACUUCGAUGAUGAGCGAAGGUAAGAAAGUGGAAACUGCGUUGAUAGAGGAGAUAGACAAGGCUUUGAUAGAGAAAGUUGGGGAUGAUGAUAAGAGUGAGGAAAAGACUGAAGUUAAGACUGAGGUUAAGACUGAGACUAAGAAUGAGACUAAAAAUGAGGUUAAGAAUGAGGUUAAGACUGAGGUUAAGAAUGAGGUUAAGAAUGAGAAUAAGAAUGAGACUAAGAAUGAGGUUCAGAAUGAGAAUAAGAGUGGCGAUAUUAAGAAAGAAAGCAUUAAGAAUGAUAAUAAGCAUGAGGAUGUUAAGAAUGAUGAUGAUAAUCAGGAUGGUGCCAUAAAAGAAGGCAUUCCUGAAAAGAAACAAAUCAAAAAGGAAUCCCUCAUAUCCAAUGUUUUAGGGACAGCUGAUGACGUUGUGGUGACCACAAAUAUAAAAGACAAGGACUAUUACAUUGAAUUUCCACUCACAUAUGAUGAAACAGCCAAACCCAAACUGCAGCAUAUUCCUGUUUCUCCUGAAAAGAAAACUGACGAGGUUGAAAAUGCAACUUACGAUUUGAGUAGUCUAUCAGAUAUGUCGGAUUUACCUAUGGAUGUGGACCGCAAGUCGGACCCUGACUACCGAGAUUAG